GCAAGUCCUUGAGGUGUUUACUUUAAAAACACCGAUCUGGACCACUAACAACUACCGAACUGCCACAGCUGGAGGAUUUUUGAAAAAUUAAAAAACCAAAGCAAAACAAAAAAAUCCCGCAUACUUAGGAUACUUCUGUAAAUCGAGCACAGAGCGCAGUCGUUUGCACUAAUGCAAAUCUGCUCAGUCAGUGGAACCGCGUUAGUCACUUCCCGCACAAAGCUGCCCUGCCCCAUUUCAGCCGCCGAACGCCCAUUUCGGAAUCCCGCGGCGGCAGGAGCGGGGUACAAGGGGCGGCGGGAGGGGGCAGCGCCUCCGCCUCUUCCCGGGGAGCGGCCAUCCCGCCCACCGGCGGGCGGGAUACUUAAAACUGCGCGGGAGCUGCUGGGAACCCCCUGGGCUCCCGCUCCGAAAAGCCAUGUCCACCCCCGCCAAGCGGCACCGCCAGAGCCCCGCCGGCUCCCUCGACUCCAGCUUCCAGAAGCGCCUCAGGAAAGUUUCCAUCGAGGGGAACAUCGCUGCAGGGAAGUCAACGUUUGUCAGGCUGCUGGAGAAGCACAGCGAUGAGUGGGAGAUCAUCCCCGAGCCCAUCGCCAAGUGGUGCAAUGUCCAGACAGCCGAGGAUGAGUAUCAGGAACUUUCAACAUCUCAGAAGAGCGGAGGAAAUCUGCUUCAAAUGCUGUACGACAAACCCACAAGAUGGGCUUACACCUUUCAGACUUAUGCUUGCUUGAGCCGAGUAAGAGCACAGUUAAAACCAGUCUCAGCAAAGCUACAGGAAGCAGAACAUCCAGUGCAAUUUUUUGAGAGAUCUGUGUACAGUGACAGAUACGUAUUUGCUUCUAACCUGUUUGAGUCUGGAAACAUUAAUGAAACAGAGUGGUCUAUUUAUCAGGACUGGCACACAUGGCUCUUGAACCAGUUUCAAUCAGAUAUAGAACUGGAUGGCAUGAUCUACCUCAGAACCACACCCCAGAAAUGCAUGGAAAGGCUACAGAUGAGGGGAAGAGAAGAGGAACAAGGAAUUGAGCUUGAGUAUUUGGAAAACCUCCACUAUAAACACGAAACCUGGCUCCAUGAAAGGACUAUGAGAGUUGAUUUUGAGAACCUUAAAGAGAUUCCUAUUCUAGUUUUGGAUGUUAAUGAAGAUUUUAAGAAUGAUGAGAUUAAACAGGAGUACCUGAUCGAUAAGGUCAAGUCUUUCCUGACUUCUUAAGAAGAUGAAAAUUAAUUUAAACAACAAGUCCCUGAAGUUCCAGAUUUAGACUUAAUCAGUGUGUUCAAGAAUUUACUUUAACCAAAUGCAUUACCUGUAUAGCUUAUUUUAAGGCAAAACUGAAAUGUAAAAUAUCAUUUGCGGUUUUUUUUCCCUUGUCUGACUUCGGUGAGUUUGAUAAUUUUCUGUAUAGCUAAAACGAACAAAUAUGGGGCGCUUCGAUAAUGUUUUUCCUGUGUAUUCUCCACUGUUUAAUAAAGACUUAAAAAUC